UCCGUGAAUGAACGGACUGAAAAGAAUAUUUGCGAAAAUAUUUUAACCGUGUAGGUAUAGAAAAUUUGCGAACGCGCUCAGUGGUUAUUUAUAAAUGGAAACAAAGCGGCAAUAUAAGCAGAGCUAAAUAUUAAUAAAAUAGAAAAUAAUAUACGACAAGUGUAAUGCAAGGUGUAGGGACAGCGACGACGGAUUUUCAACAGCCGCAACCCCAUCACCUUCAGCAGCAACAACAACAAACACAGUCACGACUGAAGCAGCAAGUGCCUAUGAAUGAGGUAAAGGACUGGAAGCCAUUCGUUUAUGGUGGGAUAGCAUCAAUAACAGCUGAAUUUGGUACUUUUCCAAUUGACACUACCAAAACGCGCCUCCAAAUUCAAGGUCAAAAAAUUGAUCAAACAUUUUCGCAACUGCGAUAUCGUGGCAUGACCGAUGCCUUCAUAAAAAUCUCAAAAGAAGAGGGAUUACGUGCACUCUACUCGGGCAUUCGGCCUGCUGUACUGCGUCAGGCUACUUAUGGCACCAUUAAAUUCGGCACUUAUUACACACUGAAAAAGUACGCUAAUGAUUAUGGUUUACUGGUUGAUCGUGACACCGGCGCUGAGCGCGUUUGGGCGAAUAUUUUGUGUGCGGCAACAGGCGGUGCAGUCUCCUCGGCCAUCGCCAAUCCCACCGAUGUGUUGAAAGUGCGCAUGCAAGUGCACGGGAAGGGUACCCAUAAGCAUGGUUUGCUUGGCUCAUUCCUGGAAAUCUAUCGGUAUGAGGGUGUGCGUGGCCUAUGGUGUGGCGUCGGACCAACCGCGCAACGUGCCGUUGUUAUUGCCUCAGUGGAGUUGCCUGUUUAUGAUUUCUGCAAAAUGCAGCUGAUGCAUGAAUUUGGCGAUCAUGUGGCGAAUCAUUUUAUCUCCAGCUUUACAGCCAGUUUGGGCAGCGCGAUUGCUUCGACACCCAUAGAUGUGAUAAGGACACGCCUUAUGAAUCAAAGGCACUUAACGGUUGCAGAUGGCAUGGCGGUGGCGGCGAGCCCGCAAAAACUAUACAAAGGCAGUUUCGAUUGUGCGGUGCAAACUGUUCGCAAUGAAGGUAUAUUAGCGCUCUACAAAGGAUUUAUACCCACAUGGGUGCGCAUGGGACCGUGGAAUAUCAUAUUUUUCAUUACCUACGAACAACUCAAGAAACUCUAAACGAUUUGAUGAUCACCACCAUGAGCAGUACAAGCCGCAUUUAAAAAGACUCAUUUACUACAUAAAACGAAAACAUAAUUCACAAUUUGUGUUGAACAUAUGAAGCCAAAUAGCAGAUUUUAGCAUGUAAGCAUGUAUGAGCAAAUUAUUUAUAUAUUGAAGUGAGACACACAAGUAAAUAUUAACACGAAAUAUAAUAUAAACUUAAGAAACUAUAAAAUGUUGAAAAGGAAAUUUUAGUAACAUCGAUAUGUAUGUAAAUGCGCUGUGUAGACGAAACACAUUAGUUAGUUUGACAAAGACUUGUAAUUUGUACUUUGAUAUGUGACUAGGGUUACUAACUAGGCGAUUGCUAUAACUAAUUACUACGUCAUUGUAAAAAUGGUAGUAUAAUAAUUUUGUUGCUGUGCACAAAUAUUGCAAUUUUGCGCGAAACAUUGUUAACUAUUUGUUAAACUAGUAAUAAGCUAUAAUUUUCAAUUUACAUUUCUGCUGCACUAAAAUGUCAUAUGAAAAAAAUAGUAGAUUUGUAUUUAACGUUAAGUAGAUAAAAUAUUAUGAAAAUGUAAUACACACAAAUGUAUAUACAUAUACAUAUACAUAUAUAUGUAUAUGAUUUGCACUUUAACAGACGAGUCAACUAAACUAUUUGAGUUCAUAUAAUUCAAAAUUCAACUACAAAAUGUAUUAUCGCAUAUCUUGCAUUUUAGAAUUGUAUUACGGCUUACUGAAAAAGAUUUUUAUUUGUAUUUACUUGUAUUAUAGAUCUUUUGCCUUUUUAAAAUUCUAUAGCUCUUUUGUGAGCGUGAGUUAGGUAAUUGUUGGCAUUUUAAAAUUAUGCUGUAAAAACUACAUUUAUAAAAUUUAAUGAAAGCAUUUUAUUGUUUCUAAAAAAGCACAAACAAGGGGCACACAUUUAUUGUACUUUUGUUUAACUACUAAAUUAGCAAAGAUCGAUUGUGGUACUUGUAUUUACGCUCAUUUUGGCUGACGCUGUUUGGAAAACUACUUUAACUUUACAUCUAUUUUCUAAGCUCUAAAAACUGUUUGCCACUUUAUUUCACUUUUGUGAACCUGCUAAAACUAAACUAAAUGAACUAUAAUUUUUUUUUUUUAACUAACAAAAAUAUAGCUAUUAUUGGCAUACUCUGCCAACGAAAA